AUGGGAAUAGGACAGCAAGUGCUUGCAGAGCUAAAUGAUGGAAGUAAUUAUUACGACAUGCUAAACAGAAACAUGGAUGAACUCGACAAGAUAGAGCAGCAGAUGAAAGAAGGGAGUCUGCCGUCCAUCUUCCGGCUGCACUCAAAGGAGUCUAUGCUCGCCCCAAAGACGCCGGAGGAGUUUAUGGACGUGCUAGCACUUAUAGAUAUAAACGUGGCACAGCCUAAGACAGCGAAGGAGAUUGUGGAGCGUGUAAUGGGGUAUCCCCUGAGCUACUACGAAGUGAAGAAGAGAGUGACUGAUUCCAUACGCAUUCGCAGCGUAGAGUACAUCAAAAAGAACAAAAAGCUGGAGUGCUCUCUUUUUAAGGCGCACGUGCAAAUACUCAAUCGGUGCACAAAUGCGUAUUUUGAGGGCGUAAUUAAGCCGCUGAUCAAGAACGGAAUGCCGAGUUCGCUUUCUCUGAUUAUAAGCAGAGUUAUCAUGAAGAGCACCCCAGACAAGGCGUACAUGGAGGAAUUUCUUGGAAAACUCAUGGGCUUAACCAGGACGCACUCUGUGUAUACGCUCAUCACUGCUGUUCUGAUCAAGAACAUCCAGUUUAGGCAGGAGACUCUCAAUGCGAUAUACGAAUAUGUCUUGGAAGGCCUGCUGCAGCCAAACCAGAGGUUCCUGGCUUGGAAUAAAGUGGUUCUCAUAUUUGUAAGAAACUACAAGAAACAUAUCCCGCACGAGGGCAUACUCGGCAUAUACGAAGGCACAACAUCCGCAAUAGAGCUAGAGAUAAGGAAAGAGUUACUAACACAAUAA